AACAACAAACACUUUACGGCAGCAAAUAUGGCUUCUCACUUCAGCGGGGUGCUACAGUUGACGGAUCUCGAUGAUUUUAUAACCCCCUCUCAGGAAUGUGUUAAGCCUGUCAAAGUAGAGAAGAAACAAGGUAAAUCUGUUGCCAAAAUACAGAUAGAAGAUGAUGGCAGUUAUGUACAAGUCAACAAGGAUGGUGGGAAGCAGAAGCUGGAGAAAGCAAAGAUCACACUGAACGACUGUUUGGCCUGCAGUGGCUGUAUCACCUCAGCUGAGAGUGUCCUCAUCACGCAGCAGAGCCACGAGGAGCUUUUCAAAGUGCUGCGUAAGAAUAAGGCCAGUGAGGCGGAGCAGAAGAUUGUGGUGGUGUCAGUGUCACCACAGUCCAGAGCCUCCCUUGCAGCACACUAUAACCUGAGCAGUAGUGAGGUAGGCAGGAGGCUUACCUCUUUCUUCAAAGAUCUUGGGGUUCAUCAUGUGUUUGAUACCAGCUUCAGUCGGACCUUCAGUCUGCUGGAAAGUCAGAGAGAGUUUGUUGAGCGGUUCCAGAGGAAGGAACAGGAUAGUAAGGCCCUGCCGAUGCUAACGUCAGCCUGUCCAGGUUGGAUCUGCUAUGCAGAGAAGACGCAUGGGGAGUAUAUUCUUCCAUAUAUUAGUACAACUCGCUCCCCCCAGCAGAUGAUGGGUUCUCUGGUUAAAGGCUAUUUUGCUGAGCAACAGGGUCUGAGUCCACAGCAGAUCUACCAUGUGGCAGUAAUGCCUUGCUUUGACAAGAAACUCGAGGCUUCACGGUCAGACUUCUACCUAAACAAAGCCGAGACCCGUGAAGUGGAUUGUGUCAUCACUUCUGGGGAGGUCCUGAAAAUGCUGGAGGAGAAAACUGUGUCUCUCAAUGAUUUGGAACCAGUUGCCCCAGAUACAAUGUUCAGCAGUUUCUGUGGAGAUGAGUUCCUGAGUCAUGCUGGGAGUGGGUCAGGGGGUUACCUCCAUCAUGUUUUUACAUAUGCUGCCAAGCACCUGUUUGGAGAGGAGGUGAAGGAUCUUACCUACAAAAUCCUCAGGAAUAAAGACUUCCAGGAGGUGAGUCUAGAGAAAGAUGGUGUCGUCCUACUGUGCUUUGCCUCAGCAUAUGGCUUCCGCAACAUUCAGAACCUGGUGCAAAAACUCAAGCGGGGGAAGUCGCCCUACCACUUUGUUGAAGUUAUGGCCUGCCCAUCAGGCUGUCUGAAUGGUGGCGGGCAGGUGAAGCCCUCGACUGGUCAAAACCAAAAGGAGCUUCUCCAGAAAGUUGAGGAUCUCUACAAGGCAGAGCGCCCCCUAUUGCCAGAAGAUGACACCCAUGUGGCUGAAUUGUACCAGUCCUGGCUUAACAGCGUAGGAGAGGAAAGAGCCAAAGAGCUGUUGCACACACAGUACCACACAGUGGAAAAGAUGACCAACGGUCUCACUAUGAAGUGGUGAUAAAUGUUUUUUUUGUUACCUCACAGGAUAUUUUUGUAGAGAUUUAUUUUGCACACAUUUUUCAGCAGACUAUGUCUACAGGUCGUCCAAAUAAGUCUUUUUGUCAGUACCCCUUUAAACCACUUUUGUCACCUAAAAACUUUGCCAGAGGGGUAUACUAUGAAGGAAGUUCAACACAGUCAGGCUUUCUCUGCCUUAGGUGGCUUGACAAAACUUAAAACCCCAGUCAGAGAUAACAGGCGGUGCUUAUCAAGUUUCUCUGUUAAACUGGGCUUUCUGCAUCAGGUUAUGGGCACACUCAUAAAAAUGGCAGUUUCACGUGUCACAUGACUCUUUUGUAUUACCAAAUGAAUACAUGCAGAUUCCACUGACGAGGUUCUGUUUGCACUGCUGUAACUUUAUGAUGUUUAAGAAUCUGUGAAAAUCGCUUCCAGACGAUUUUAAAACCAAGACUCUGAACCUGCUGCCGACCAGGUUAUGUUCAGCAUAAGUUACCACGGUGAUUUAAAAAGAGAGCCACCUUCGUGCCACUGAAAACUCUGGCUUUGAGGUCAACAUAGCUCACUGACUCAUUAAUCCUGCGUAAUCGUAGUACACGCCUCAGGCAAAGGGGAAGACCAGGUAAUGGAAACAAAGCCUAAUGAUGAGUGUGGGUUGACACAAGCAUAUAAUCAGUAAAUGUGUGAAACCUGUUACACUUUAAACAUGUAAGCAGAAAAAA